GGACUAUAUAGAUAAGAUAUUUGUACACAAAAAGUGCAUGCGCGUGAAAAUAGUGGAAUCAGCAGCCCUUUAGCGGCAAAAAAUCCAACCAACAUGUAGAAAUAGCAGUAUAUCCGCAUCAGGCAUUACUGAUAUACUGUCCGUUACUAUGUUUUGCCACGGGGUCAUGGAAUUCCUGAACUCUGUAAGCGUGAGAUUUUCGAAUGUACAGUUAGGCCUGUUGCCGCCUUCCCCUCCACCUCAGAGACAGUCAACCAGGAGACGUGUCUGCCGCGCUGGACCCGUCUGUCUGCUGAUGCAGCGCAAUGUGAUACCCAGAUAAAAAAACAAAUCCUAUCAAUGGGUGCAGCGAAGAUGGCUAAGAGUGACAGUGGUAGCAACGUUGUUGCUGAGGGUAAAGCUGCCAAGAAGACAGUGGUGGCUCCGAGCAAUAAAACGAAGAGGAGAAAGGAUGAAGGAGAUGGAGACUGGAAUUGGUGGCUAGCUUUUGGAGCAAUCGUUGUACUCACCUUUGCUACCAGGUUUUACAAAGUCACAGAGCCAGCUCAUGUGUGUUGGGAUGAAACCCACUUUGGCAAAAUGGGAAGCUGGUACCUCAACAGGACUUUCUUUUUUGAUGUUCAUCCUCCCUUAGGAAAGAUGCUGAUUGGAUUAUCCGGGUACUUGACAGGGUAUGAUGGAACAUUUCCAUUUGAAAAGCCUGGUGAUAAAUAUGAAAACACAAAUUAUAUUGGCAUGAGAAUUUUCUGUACAUUCUUGGGUGCUACAAUUGUACCAUUAUCAUUUCUCAUUGUGUGGGAACUAACAAAGUCAGUAAGGGCUGCUAGCUUUUCUGCUGGUUUGGUCUUAUUUGAUGUUGGAUUGAUUACAUUAAAUCAAUACAUUCUUUUGGAUCCCAUACUACUUUGCUUUAUGAUGAGUGCUACAUACGGAAUGACUCGUGUAGGGUCUUUGCAUGACGAAUCAUUUUCAUUAAAGUGGUGGAGUUGGUUAACAUUUACUGGAGUUUUUCUUGCCUGUACAAUGAGUGUAAAAUUUGUUGGAUUAUUUGUAGUUUCGUUAGUUGGAUUUUACACAAUUUAUGAACUGUGGAGAGAGCUGGGGAAUCUAAAUCAGUCUGUUAUCGCUGUUGGAAAACAUUUAAUAGCCAGAGCAAUUUGUCUCAUAGUUCUACCUGUUAUCUUAUACAUGCUAUUUUUCUACAUACAUUUCCAAGUUUUAAAAAAGAGUGGGAGUGGAGAUGGAUUUUAUAGUUCGGAGUUUCAAUCUUUACUAGAAGGCAAUUCUCUACAUAAUGCAACAAUGCCACGACAGUUAGCUUAUGGUGCAAAAAUUACUUUGAAGAAUCAUCGCACUGGAGGUGGAUAUUUGCAUUCACAUUGGCAUCUUUAUCCAGAAGGUGUUGGAGCACGACAACAGCAGAUAACGACAUAUUCUCAUAAAGACGAUAACAAUUUAUGGCUUGUAAAAAAAUAUGAUACAGAGGUUAUUCCAUCUGAGCCCGAACUUGUUAAACACGGAGAUCUUAUCCGUUUAGAGCAUAUCAUCACUAAACGAAAUUUGCAUUCUCAUAAAGAGAUGGCACCAUUAUCUAAGAAACACUAUCAAGUCACUGGUUAUGGAGAGAAUGGAACAGGUGAUGCAAAUGACGUUUGGAAAGUACUGAUACAGAAUGGCAAGGAAGGAGAGGUCAUUGAAACCGUGACAAGCAAAUUAAAAUUCGUCCAUUAUUUACACCACUGUGUUCUUACGUGCAGUGGUAAAACGCUACCUAAGUGGAGUUACAAUCAACAAGAAGUUUCUUGCAAUCCUAAUAUGAGGGACAAGAAUGCUUUCUGGAACAUUGAAGACAACAAUUAUCCAAAACUUCCAAACGUAAGUUUUCAAGUCUACGAUCCCGGCUUUUUGAAGAGAUUCUUUGAAUCUCACGCGGUCAUGUUACAAGGUAAUUCCGAAUUGAAAGUCAAGGAAGGCGAAGUGUUCUCAAAGCCUUGGCAAUGGCCAAUAAAUUACAGGGGACAAUUCUUCUCUGGAAGCAAUCAUAGGAUAUACCUGCUGGGCAACCCAAUAAUUUGGUGGAGCAACAUAGCCUUCCUCGUUAUUUUCGUGAUCGCUUACAUCAACGCGGCGGUGCGUGAACAACGAGGUUGCGAGGAAGAUGAAGCGUUGAUUCAAGAGAGGAAAACCGUCAUGAAUGCCGGAAGCUGGCUAUUUGUCGGAUGGCUGCUACAUUAUGCGCCGUUUUGGGCUAUGACGCGAGUCUUAUACUUCCACCACUACUUCCCCGCUUUGCUCUAUAGCUCAAUGCUCACUGGAAUAACGUUCGAUUACAUUCUCGAGAGCUUGGCUCUACUGUUGCCCGAGAGAGUUGGAAAAACCGUUUAUCACGUUUUACUCGGCAGUGCGAUCUCUGCCGUUGUUUAUAGCUUUUAUCUAUUUUCCCCGUUGACGUAUGGAAUGGAAGGACCGUCCGGUAACGAUCCGAACAGCACGCUACACUCGCUGCGCUGGAUGGAAUCGUGGGAAUUUUGAAAGUUCUUAAAAAAGACUAAGAUGACAAUCUGUGCAAUUUUUACUGCCAGGCGCAAACUACUUAAAUAGGUAUAUUUAUUACGGAGAAAAAAAUAUUUUUCACGCUGCUAUUUAUAGUUACAUGCAAAUAUUUUUAUAAAAUACGCGCAUUCGAAUGUAAGGUUCGACUUUUGUAAUACUCAUAUUUUUAAUUAGUGUACAUAUUUUGAUACAUA